UUUCCUUCUUGGGCUUCCGUAGCAGAUUCCUUCCUGCUGUCUCCUUUUCCUUAUUGUGGCAACAUGGGUGCCUCUAACAACUUUACUGCGGUGUUUAGGCGUUAAUGUGGCAUUUGUCUGGGAGUUGACGGCCUUUCUCCGGCUUCCUGCCCGCCUCUGGACGCCAUGUUCACCACCACCGGCUCCCGGGGCCUGUACAAGGCUCCUCUGUGUAAAGGCCUCCUGUUGGUUCUCAAUGGGCUGACCGUGAUGCUGACCCUGGUGCCACAGUACCAGGACCUGUUCGUGUACAGCCUGCAGGAUGUUGCUCACCGGCACCAGGUGUGGAGGUUGCUGUGCGGCCGGCUCAUCUGCCUGGAUGUAAAGGACUCCUUCUGCAGCAGCCUGCUGAUUUACAACUUUCGAAUCUUCGAGAGGAGGUUCGGAACCAGGAAGUUUGCUUCAUUCCUGCUGGGCACUUGGUUUCUCUCCGCCCUGGUGGACUUCCUCCUGGCCCAGGCCUUCCAGUACCUGUUUGAAUAUGAAGUCGAGGAACUACCAGCAGGACUACUCGCUCCAGUCUUCGCUCUGUUUGUGCCUUUCUACCAGUCCAUCCCCAGGAUGCCAGUCACUCAAGUCCUGGGCCACAUCCACAUCACCAACAAGACUCUGGUUUACAUAAUAGGCCUGCAGCUGUUGACUUCCAGCCCCUUCAUGUGGCUCCUUGCCCUCAGUGGACUGAUCUCAGGAGGAUUGUACCACUCCAACGUUCUCUGGUUGCAGAGGAUCCUCUUCGUCCCCGCCUGGGUGUCUUGUGUUGGGAAGUACACUCUGGAGCCGCUCCUCUCCAGUUCCCAGCCAAACGAUGAGACGCCUCUCGGGAUGGGGGCCACUCUGGACAUCCAGAGGCAGCAGAGAAUGGAUCUGCUCGACCAACAGCUGCUGCUGCAACAAUACAACGAGGCCCGGAGGAGCGUCAGACAUCGGCCACAGACUGGGCUGUUGCAGUGGACCGGGUUAUUCCCCUCACUCAGACACAGAGGACAGAACAGGCCCCCAGCACAAGCCCACCCGCAGGCCCAGACACACCAGUCCACACAGCCACCACUACUAGAAAACUCUCCUGUUGCAGAAGAACAGGUUGCACUGUUAGUGGAAAUGGGCUUUUCCAGAGUGGACGCCCUCGAGGCCCUCAGAGCUUCAAACAACGACAUUAAUAUGGCGACUAACUUCCUCCUACAGCACUGAGGCGAAAGAUCCGGAGGGGAGGGGGGGAAAACAAAAACGACGACAAAAAAAGACUGGAACAGAAAGCAGCACGGCGAAAAUGAAAGGAAAACGGAGGGGGGAAAAAAAAGCUGUUUUACAGAACCAAAGAGUGAGAACGAUGGAGAAUUGGAGAGAAGUCAAAAGAAUAUUUUAGAGAUAAAUUGCAGACAGAGCCUCUGCUCCCUGAAGCAGGGUUGAGCAAAGGUUACCCGGACUGGGGCCGAUUGGAGAUUGGCUCACGGAGGAGUGUGAAGCACAAGGUGGAAAAUGUUUGCGAUACUGCUCUCUUACUGUCAUUAUAGCAUAAAACUGAAGGCUGUGACACAUGGCCGACAUGUUUGAGCUCUAAUUCUAAUCAAUAGCCCGCCAACAGAAACAAAUUUUCCACAAACGGCUGUAAAACACCAGUCUUCAGUGCAGUGGGUUAUCUCUCCUGAGCGAACUGGAGUACAACGGCUCACCAGAAACAUACGCUUCACAUGGGCGCCGUGUUAAAGCUGUGUAUAAUAAAGGUUUAUUUAUCCUAAGGCCACAUAGUGCUGCUUUCAGAAUGGCUAACUAUGCAAGAGAAAAUUGACAUAGUUAUUAGAAAUUCUAAAAAGAUAUACCCAGUUUUUAAAAAGCGAUGCGUUUUGAGUCGUUAUUUGUGUCUUUCAUCUUCACGCUGCGAUUAAUAAACCAGCGCCGCUGGCUAGCCGUUUCCAGGCAGAAGUCUAAAGGGAGGCGAUGGAUCCGGGCGUUAUGACCCGUUUUCGUCUUGAUUUUUACCCCACAGGGGAUGAUGGCAGGGUCUCAUGGUUGUAGCAGAGCUGAUCUUUCUCUGAUUUACAAGUUAGGAGCAGGUAGCCCAUGUGACCGUUAGCUCGAUGAGCCACGCUGCUUUGGAGACGACUGGUUUGGGUCAGUUGAACUCUGCCUUGGUGAUGCUGGUUAGAGAGGCUUUCUCAGGAGCGUCGUAUCGGGGAACGCAUACACAGAUGCACAGCAGCCCGUUCAGCUUUAUUUAUUUUUGUCUUAGUGGGAGCGUUUUUCCCCCCGUUGGUACUUCGAAUCAGUCUUACAGGUUGGCGGGUAUUUAUUAUGCAAAGCCAUGACACGAACUUUACGGAAACCUCGCUCUGCACAGGACCUGCUGUGUAUUUGAACACGGGCGCAAAAGAAGUUGUAUUGGAGCCAGUCUGUAUUGAUGUCAACGACGGAUGCUAAUUUUAUAUUUUGUGCAUAAUGUUGAUUGUAUGUUACCACUGAACUGAGUCAUUGGUGUGUAUGCUGCUCUGAGAACGAUGCUGUAAUAAAUGGCAGUGAUGAGGGAUCGGUUACGUCAACAACGUUCUGUUGUACUGUAAUGACUGAAAAUUGAUCUGUGAAAUAAAAAAACAACAAGUUCUUGAC